UCAUAUGGCGAUGCAUCCUCAGGUUGCUUUACUCCUCACCCUCGUCCUCCUCCUGGCGGCCGGAGAUGGCGGCCUCGUCGUCGGCACUCUGCCCGCGAUCAUCACAAGGACAUGCGUCGAUGUCGGCCGCGGUGGGCAAGUGGGUUACGACUCCUGCGUGGAAGCGCUCUCGGCCGACUCGGCGGCCGCGUCCGCCAAGGACGCACGUGAGCUCGCCGUCGUGGCCACCAACCUUACCGUGGCCAACGUCACAUCGACGGUGCUCGUCCUCGACGACCUUGUCAAGAACCUCGGGGAGUGCCUCCGCUACUACAGGGACAUGAACAAGACCCUGGAGGGCGUGGUCGGUGACCUACGUGCUGGGCGCCUCAAAGCGGCGUCUCAGAAACUCUUGGAUGCCACCGAGGCGCCCAGCUCCUGCGACAUGCUCCUGUUCGAGGGGAGCGCGGAGAAGAACCCGAUGAGCAAGGAGAACAACGACGCCGAGUGGCAUAUGCGAUUGCUAGCUUGCCGGCGCCGAAUUCUCGGCACUGACGUCAAGUUUAAUUCUUGGUCUCAUGCAACUUAUUGAUCUAGCUACGCAGCUAGCUGGUGGUUGAUGUGAUUGCCAUUUACUCGGUCCAUCGCAUAAAAUGAAAUUGCCA